CGCUCCCCCGCAUGAGCCCGGGCACCCGCCGCCGCCGUCCGCAGCCAUGGGAGCCCAGCAGAGCGUCAAUGCCGGCAAAGCCAAGGUGGAUGUGCACGUCGACCUCACCCACAUGCUCUGCGAGGCGCUCCUGCUGCCGCCCCUGAGCAGCUCCAGCGCCAACAUCUCGCAGAUCGUCGGGAGGAUCUCCCUCAAACAUCCAAGCCUAUUUGGGAGGAGCGAGAAGUUGGACGUCAUACUGGAUAAGGGUAUCAAUGACUCUAAUGUUGUUGUUGCCUUUAGACGCCCAAGGCCCGAAUGGUUAUCGCAGCAGUCCUUUGUCAUUCAGCACUCGAUGUCACCAGAAAUUGCUGUUCAUGGUUUUCCGGCUGACAACUUCACGCGGUCAGGGAGCAGAGGGGUAAAUCUAAGCCGGUUGUCACUUGGUGUGGAGCUUAAUGAACCAACAACUUCAAACUGGACUUCUGGAACCAGUGUUAAGUUUGAGCAUAUCCGUCCUGUUAAUAAUGACGGGCGCUCCAUAGCCAGGGACCAUGACGGCUUUCCCCUAACAUGCAGUGGUAAUCUCCAUGACAAUAUGAUUAUCUUGAAGCAAGAGUCUGGUUAUGCAGAUAUUAAGGAUAAUAGCUUCUUAAGAGUUAAUUUCCAAAUGGAACAAGGAUUGCCGCUCGUACCUAAAUCACUAACUUUCAACAGAGUUAAAUGUGCUGUUUCAAAAGGCAUUAAAUUGGGGCCAACAUUUUUGGUUACUAGCUUGACAGGAGGUUCUAUUGUGGGUGAUAUGGCACCAUAUCAAGCAUUUGCAAUAGGUGGACUUGGUAGCGUCCGGGGUUAUGGCGAGGGUGCAGUUGGUUCAGGAAGACUGUGCCUAGUUGGUAACUGCGAAUAUACUGUUCCUUUGGCAAAGCAUCUUGAAGGUUCUCUUUUCAUGGACUGCGGCAGUGAUUUAGGAUCUGCUCGUCAUGUUCCUGGCAAUCCAGCUCUUCGGCAAGGGAAACCGGGAUUUGGUGUUGGAUUUGGAUAUGGGGUCCACUUUAACACAGACCUAGGUCAAAUCCGAGUCGACUACGCGAUGAACGCCUUCAGUCGCAAGACCUUCUACUUCAGCAUCAACAGUGGUUCUGGCACAUAGAUUCUCAAGCAGACAAGCACACAACUGACAUAGCAUAGGGUUACCGCCUAUUUGAUUCGUGAGAUGCCAUGGAAUAACUCUCCCCAGUUGAGCGAGAAUUAUGUUUUUCUCUUCCCUUCUUUGUUCAUGAAUUGUACAGAGUUAGGACUUAGGAGCUGUUUUAUUUGCUGCUACAAUUUUUGCCGAUAUGUUGUGUCGAAAUCAUCACUAGUUUGACUUGCCUUUUGGGCCGUUGCUAUAUGUUGUACAAUGCUUGCAUUGAAAGGGAAAGAGAUAUUGUAACGCCACUUGUUCUUUACUAUCCACAGAACAAAUAUUGCAAUUUUCUGGGUCUGAAA